AUGAUGGCCUCCCUAAUGGGCGGGCGGCUCGGAGCUCGGCGCAUGCCCGGGCCUCAGGCCCGGGUCCUCUUCUGCAUCGCGGUGGCCGUUGUCGUCAUGUACACGGCGAGCUCCAGGUUCAACUUGGCCAGGGCCGGAAUCAACGUGCCCAGCGUGCCGACGCCUCUACGCGGUGCAUCUGAUAAUAAGACGCUGGACUGGUUGGUGGAGCGUGAGAUUCCUGCCUUCUAUGUCGAUGCUGGGUCGCAGUCCACGGAGAUGUGGUGGGGAUCCAAGGCUUUUCUUGGACUGAUGACGGCGCGCAUUGCUGUGGACCUGAAGAUUCUGCAGUUUGGCUACAGCGUCCUCUCCACGGAUGCUGAUGUGGUGUGGAUGAGGGACCCUCUUCCCUUCAUGCUCAAGUAUCCGGAGGCCGACAUACUGAUGAGCAACGACCAGCUCAUCACCACCGCGGAAGGGGAGGAGUUGGAGCACUGGCCGGCCUCUGGGUGGUCUGCAAACGCCGGCUUCAAGCUGUUCAGACCCAGGGCGGCGCAGUUUGUCAAGACAUGGAUUGCCGAGAUGGCGCACCUGAAGAAGGGGGAGCAUGAUCAGGUGCUCUUUGACCGCCUCAUCUUUAGCAACGCAGAGGUCAUCCCUAGCAGAUCAGAUCAUCUGUUCAGGGGCUUUGACAGGAAGCUGAUCAUCGGCUCCCUGCCCGUCUCCCUCUUCUGCUCGGGCCAGACCUACAAGGAGCGCAUGCCUCAAAACAUGGGCCUGAAACCCUACGCUGUGCAUGCUACCUUCCAGGCCUGCACCCAGGCAAAGAUCAAUCGCCUGCGGGAGUAUGAUCUCUGGAAGGAUCCCGACGCGCACUUCUCGCACCCGGUGGGGUUCAUCAGCUACGAUCGCGACAUCCCCCAGUCUCUGCUGGACGCCGCCGCAAAGGGGGGCCGGCGCAAGGACAUCGCUUCCACGCUGCCCCACUUCGACCUGGUCAACCACCAGCUGUCCCAGCUGCGGACGCAAUUGAUCCUGACGGAGGAGCUGGGGGGCGCGGCCGCCAUCCUGCCCUCCAUGGUGGCAGGGAUGGACUCUUCAUACAAGGCGCACAAUGGGACUGUGCCGGGGUCACGGCUGCGCCUGCCCUACCCCGCCCCCUCCGACCAGAUCAUCGAUAUGCGGGAGAUGGAGGAGCGAAUGCCUGGCCGCUGGCGGGAGGGCUCUUUUCUGCUCAAACCCCGCGCCACGUCGGUCAAUGCCUCGGUGCUGGUGCUGACCGUUUGCGAGGCCGGGGCAGAUGUCACUGAAUGUGCUGCCGGUGACGCCAAGGCGGUGCCGGAGCACGAUCAGAUCAGGAUAUUACCAGAUCGGUCCCUGGCGCAGCUGCGGACGGCGCUCUCUGGGGUGUUCAGCAAGUACAAGAGACUGCAUGUGAAGGGCGGCAUACAGCGCCUGAUGGUGCUGACGCCCAAAGAGUUGGAGGGCUACAGCAGGAAGCUCAACCCCCUCAUGUCCAGCCACUGCUGCGUGGAAGGCAGCCCGGGCCACAUAGGGUGUAUGACCUCUUCUGGGACCUGCCUGGCCACCGAGACCGCCAUGGCCAGGUGGUGCCGGGGCCAUGGAAGCCAGUGCCUGUGGAAAUGA